AUGAGUGGGUGGGGGGCUCUUUUGUCGGUUGCACUCCUGCUUACAACAGGGACAUCUUGUGCUCCAAUUCAAGGCAUUGACGAUAGGGUCGAAGUUCACUGCAUUAACGAAUAUCGUCAAUAUUGUCAAGGAAAACCAAACGGACUAAACGAUGGAUGUCGUGAAUGCAAGUGCGAGAAUGGUGCUGUCCUCUGCAAGAAGGGUGGGUGUAGGUUUUUCGCUCGCCCUGGUCAAGAUGUCCUGGACUACUGUGAAACAGUCUAUCAGAAGAAUGCUCAAAAAUUGGCCGCUAAAAGGAGAGAAUUAUCGGGAGCGGAAACGCAAAAUAAUGCUACUGCCAAGGUUAGUUUAAAAUCGAACAAAUUCGACGAACUGACUGAUCAUGAGAAAGUGGAAGCUGCAGCAAAACUCCAAAAACUCAUGGAAACUUACAUCUCCAAUCAACCUGAAGGAUCUACCUUAGGAAGAGUUGAAAAAACGCCCUACCAGAUGAACUUUAAAGACACUAUCGUCGAAGAAGAAAAUGAACAAAAAGGGGGUGUCGUAGCUUUGAAACCUACUUCACUUAAAGAAUCGCCGUUCAAUCGUAGUGUUGCACCUGAACUGAGCGAAGCUGCGUCGCAAUCUGGGUCAGCUUAUUUGGAUAACUCUAACGGUGACAUGGUCUCAAAUUACGAUACGACUCGAACCCAUGUGCAGAAAGAGAGUCACUCGCGUCAAAAGAUACCGCGUAAAAGAUCUAAUCAGUAUGACAUUGAUAAACACUUUGGUUAUGCCUCAGAAUUUCGAAUCAAAUCCAGCCCUGAAUACGAUAAUGAUGGCGCAGUUGGUGACACCACUGUGAACAGACCCUCCAGUUGGCCACUCCACUAUGAGCGCGGAAGUGGUCACAAAGGCUCUACUAUCGAUAGAUCUCCAGAAAUCGCUUCACACGGUCGCAAUGGGCUCAGAAAUAGGGACUUCAUCAAAAAUAAACUGAAGCAAAGGGAGAGUAGGAGCAGGCUACUGGCUCACACUGCUCAUCACGCGCCAAUCUCAUUACCCAAGCAUCCAGCCAAAAAGCAUGCUCGAAUUAUGGGCUUACCUCAGAAUUGGCCGCAACAGGAUCAAGACUUCUGGAGCAAGCGUUUAGAUGCUUUUGGAGAGCGUUACGACUUCCAACCCAUCCACUAUUAUAGGGGUUCAAAACACAUUGUCGGUAAUAAACACCAAAACCAUCAGAGGCAAUGGUUUGCAUCUUUACAGCAGCCUCACUAUCCCUCGCAUCGGAAGUCUCGACUUGAAAAAGAUGCGAUUUUUGAUGUUGGACCUUUUCCUUACAACCACGAUGAUGCUAUGAAGUCUGCCAACAUUAUGGAACAGAAUGUGAGACGGGCUCACCCUGAUUACGUCCGAUUGGAAAAUAAUGAGGUGGACAAUAAAGAGUAUCAAGAGGAGCUCCUGAAUGAAAUUACAACCCUUGCGGCCUUGGGUAAUAUGGCAGUUAACCUCUUAAUCAGCGAGAGCAUUUCGAAGAACAAUUCACAAGCACUGAAGGUGCGUAACACUAGUGAGUUCAACUAUAUUGUGGCUAUGAUUGAAGAAAACAUUCAAGCAAUAAAGGUCGAAGUUGAGAAAUUGUCACGACAAACUGCUGCAGAGAGACGAAAGUUGCUCAGAGACAUCCCUAAACGGCUCAAACAUCUUAUAGACUGGACUGAGAAAGCCUCAACCAUGUUGAGCAAUGCAGAUCAGGGCGAUGACGCUAAAAGCGAACAAGUGAACGAGAUUCUCAUUGUAAUGGAAGAUAUUUCUUCUGAUAUAUCAGCAGCCAUUGAAAGUGAUAUGGACAGUGCUGAUGAAUCUCAUCACAUAGAAGGAGAAGAACACCUCUACUAUGAUGAUAACACAGCUGAAGCCAAUGAAGCAGCUCUACUGGAAUGGAAAUUCACCCAAUGCAUGAUGCUCUGUUCGCGCUGCUUCAAGACGGCAUGA